CACUCUUGUAAGUUUUAAGAUUUAAGAUUUAAUUUUUGAAUAAGAAUUCAGAAUUUCUUUUUUUAAAAAGUUUUAUUCACUAGUAUGCUAAAAGAAAUCCAGAUUUUGGGGGUUCCUUGGGUACGCCACUUGCUGAAAUCCUUCCAUAAUGCGAAAUUUCCCCUUCCUAGAAAUAUCCAGUUAUAUAAAUCCCCAAAUUUGAACUCUAGGGUUUAUGGGGUUUAUUGUUUGCAUUCAUUUUCAACGCAAUCGAAUAAAUUUUCUGAAUAUGAAAUGCCAUCGGUUACUUGGGGGGUCGUCCAAGGUCGAAAAGAACGGCUGGUGUCGAAAGUGAUAAUAUGUGAUUAUUUGAAGACUUUGGGGAUAAUUACUGAUGAAUUAGAAGAAAUUGAAUUGCCCUCCACUGUUGAAGUUAUGAGGGAGAGAGUGGAGUUUUUGCAGAAACUAGGGUUGAGUAUCGACGAUUUUAAUGAGUACCCAUUGAUGCUGGGUUGUAGCGUUCGCAAGAAUAUGAUCCCUGUAUUAGGGUAUUUGGAAAAGAUUGGGUUGCCCAGAUCAAAACUAGGUGAGUUUGUGAAGAAUUACCCACAAGUUUUACAUGCCAGUGUGGUGGUUGAGCUUGUCCCGGUAGUCAAGUUUCUUCGUGGCCUUGAUGUUGAGAAAGAAGAUAUUGGAUAUGUGCUGCAAAAGUAUCCUGAAUUAUUUGGCUUUAAGCUUGAGGGUACCAUGAGUACAUCGGUGGCAUACCUUGUAAGUAUUGGGGUGAAUCCCAGAGAUAUUGGCCCAAUGGUGACACAAUAUCCAUAUCUUUUGGGGAUGAGAGUAGGCACUAUGAUUAAACCACUUGUUGAGUACUUGGUUUCACUGGGAUUGCCGAAGAAGAUAUUGGCUCGAAUGUUUGAGAAGCGACCAUAUGUAAUUGGUUAUGAUUUAGAAGCAAGUGUGUCAUCAAAUGUAGAAUGUUUGAUCAGCUUUGGAAUUAGUAAAGAAGUAAUUCCUUCAAUUAUAGCACAAUACCCUCAGAUUCUUGGGCUACCUCUGAAGGCAAAAAUGUCUACACAGCAGUACUUUUUCAAUUUGAAGCUCAAGAUUGAUCCAGAUGGUUUUGCACGAAUUGUUGAGAGAAUGCCGCAGAUAGUCAGCCUUAGUCAGCAUGUGAUUAUGAAACCUGUUGAGUUUCUUUUAGCACGGGGAAUACCAGCUGAAGAUGUUGCUAGGAUGGUCGUGAGAUGCCCACAACUAGUGGUAGUGCAUGUUGUAAUCAUGAAGAACAGUUAUUAUUUCUUCAAGAGUGAAAUGGGUCGUCCUCUGAGAGAGCUAGUGGAAUUUCCAGAAUAUUUUACUUACAGCUUGGAAUCGCGGAUUAAACCUAGAUAUCAGAAACUGCAAAGUAAAGGGAUCAGGUCUUCCUUGCCAGCGUUUCUCAACUGUAGUGAUAAGUGGUUUGAUGAAAGAAUUCAGGGUGAUGUUUUUGAAGCUGAGAGUUCUGGCCCCACAUUUAACAUGGGUGGGAAGUUAGAACUAGCAGGAAGUUACAAUGUAUCAGAUGAAGAAGAUGAAAGUGAAGAUGAAGUACUCUAUAGGCGCACUGUCUCCCUCUAGUGUAGUUUGUCUUCAAUAACUAAUGUACCAAAAUAUGACAAAAGUUCUAAUGGAAGUCAGAUUAAGUUAUUGUUCCUACA